AUGAUUGAGCCCUUCUUGGGAACCUGGAAGAUGAUCUCCAGUGAAAACUUUGAGGAAUACAUGAAACAAUUGGGGAUGAGCACAGCAGCCCGGAACCUGGCGGGGUUAGCAAAGCCAAGAAUCAGUAUAAGUGCCAAUGGGGAUGAAGUGAACAUCAAAACAGAAAGUUCCUUCAAGAACACUGAGAUCUCCUUUAAACUGGGGGAAGAGUUUGAUGAAACCACAGCGGACAACAGACAAGUAAAGAGCAUCAUAACAUUAAACAAUGGCGCAAUGAUUCAUGUCCAAAAAUGGCUUGGCAAAGAGACAACAAUCAAAAGACAAAUUGUAGAAGGAAAAAUGGUAGUGGAAUAUAUCAUGAAUAAAACUGUGAGCACUCGAAUUUAUGAAAAGGUAUGA